UUUCAGAGAUUAUUUUUCCUGUUAGAUCAUAUUACAGACGUGAUAUAUGUAGUAGAUAUUUUAGUUCAAUCUAGAACAGCUUUUCUUGAAGAUGGUUGUCUGGUUUUGGAACCUCAAGCCAUGUAUCAGAAUUAUCGUAAAAAGUUUAAAUAUUGGUUGGAUAUUGCUGCAAUAUUUCCUGUAACUACAGUAUAUUGGACGUCAAAUGUUAUGUCAUUACCAUGGUUGCGAUUUUUAAGAAUAUUGAAAUAUCAUCAGGUCACUUCAUUUUUCGAAAUAGCCGACAGUCGGACGCGACGGCCAAGUCUUCUACGUGCCUUUAAAUUAUCACUACAUUUGUGGAUGGUUAUACAUUGGAUAGCUUGUAUAUAUUAUAUGCUCUCUGAGUAUGAAGGUCGAGGAACUAAUGACUGGGUCUAUACUGAUAAUGAAGACGGAGGUUUUCGAAGAAAGUAUAUCAGGUCUGUGUACUGGUCGAUGAUGACUUUAACGACUAUUGGUGAACGACCCUCUCCUGAAACAGAUUUGGAGUACAUAUUUACUGGUACGACAUUUCUAAUUGGAGUAUUUGUAUUUGCUGCUGUCGUUGGUAAUGUUGGAGACGUCAUUAGUAACAUGAAUGCUGCAAGACAUGAUUUCCAAUCAAGAAUGGAUCAGAUCAAGUUUUAUAUGAAUCACAGAUUUGUACCAGAAGAUCUUCAAGAUAGAGUCAAAAAAUGGGCAGAAUAUUCAUGGACAAGAACUCAAGCUAUGGAUGAACCAAGUGUAUUAGCUAUGCUGCCUGACAGACUUCGAACAGAAAUAGCUAUCCAUGUUCAUUUAGAUACAUUGAAACAAGUGAAGAUAUUUGAAGAAUGUGAAGAAGGAUUGUUACGUGAAUUGGUAUUAAAAUUACGACCUAUAAUAUAUUCACCUGGUGAUUAUAUCUGUCGUACUGGCGAAAUAGGCAGAGAGAUGUAUAUUAUUAAUCAUGGGAAAAUAGAGAUCUUAGUACAAAAAGGUGAAAUUUCUACCAGAGUAGCUUUACUGAAACCCGGAAAUUAUUUUGGUGAAAUCAGUCUAUUGAAAUUGGAUGAAGGACAAAAUAGACGAACUGCCGAUGUUAGAGCUAUAGGUUAUUCAGAAUUGCUAUGUUUAUCACGUAAAGAUCUCAUUUCGGCUUUGGGAGAAUAUCCUGACGCAAAGAAGAUCUUGGAAGCACAAGCCAUGAAGAGGUACGAUAUUUUGAAACAUUUUGACUAG